AUGGGAGGCAUUCAGUCAGCCGUGACAUCGACUCGGCUCUCCUUUGAUCUCCUGGGCUACAGUCAUGGUCUCGAAGAGCUCAUCUUGUUGUACUGGUGGGUGAUUGUGCUCGCCAAUCUCGUGCUCUUUGCAUUUGCGAAGCACUCGCUCAAGUGCUGGGAGCUGCGCCAGGAUCGGCGUCGGCUGCAGUGCUGCUACAUGCGUCACUGCCAACGCCUUCAUGCGGCACGGGAGUUGAAUUCUAGGACAACAGACUUCUCACACAGUGCACAGGCUGAGGGAGCAGCAGCAUCAACACGUACUACGCCAACGACCUCUUCGCCGUCAAGCAAAGAGCUGACCGAGACAGGGACAGCGACAAACUUCACCGUUGACUCCAUCAGCAAGAGGGAAAACACGAAGCUCAGGCACCCUCUCUAUGCUCCGAUCGUACUAAAGGCAGACGAAGAUAUCCCAUCACCAAAGGUAGCCGAUCUGACUGCAGAGGCUGUUCUACACAGCAGUCGAAAUGAGCCACAUGGGGCGACUGCGGCUGUGCAGACAAAUGAUUCUCGCCCACCGUCGUUGUUGCUUAAAGUCCACUCCGCCACUUCUGACCUCUCAUUCUCGUCGUCGCUAUCCUCGACAGCGCAGCCAACCAACUCGGCAACGAAGUGGCUGCUGAAUAGGUUCGGCUUCAUGUCGUCCGGGAUGAGCCAAGGCAGCGAGGACAGAUUUGAUAUUUGCCGGCACAGCAACAGCAGCGACAGACUCUCCCGGCUGAGCAACUGCUGCCCACGUUACAGCGAGGACGAGCAGCGUCUGAUUGAUAAGAAGCGGCAGGAAAAUGUACAUGCGUGGAUGGAGGCGAAGCGCGCCUUAGUGCUAACUGAGUCGCUUGCAGCGGGCUCUCGUGGAGUGACACCGUUGUCCUCAGUCAGUAGGUGCACCAUGCCGCCGUGCGAAAAAGAGGCAAUGAAGACUGAGCUUGUCUCUUGA